AUGAACUUAGUUUCCCUCAAAGAAAUUAAAUUAGGGUUUUCAAGUAGUGUGUUCUUCUUUCCUUGCCAUGGCUUGCUUCAAGGUCUUUUUUGUGAUGAUUGUAAUGGUGGUUUACUUGGCCUUUGUUUCAGAGAGUAGGAUUUCAAGGAUGGAUCUUGGGCUUGGAGCAGGACUAGGUUUGGGUGCUGGGGUUGGGUUAGGAGAAGGUGGUGUUUCAGGUUCAGGCUCAGGUUCGGGUUCUGCUUCGGGGUCAGGUUUGGGUUUAGGUUCGGGUUCAGUUUCGGGUUCUAGAUCUGGGUCUAUUUCAGAAGGUAGUGGAGCUGGAUCGAGUGCAGGGUCUGGAGCUGGUUCAAGUGCAGGAUCCGGGGAUGGUUCGGGUGCUGGUUCGAGCGCAGGAUCGGGUGCAGGUUUAGGUUCAGGCUCGGGUUCAGGCUCAGGUUUUGGUGAAGGAGAAGGCUAUGGUGAAGGACAUGGAAAUUAAAAAAAAAAAAACGUGGGAAAAAUAUUAAAUAGUAUUUGAAAUGCUUGAUGAUGUAUCCCUUGUUUUAUAAAUAAAUGAAUGAUGAAUAAUAAUAGCUUGCAAUACUAUAUUUCACUAUCA